AUGGGGUUCGAGUGGCCGUGGCAGUACAAUUUCCCCCCUUUCUACACAUUACAACCUAAUGUUGAUACAAGACAGAAACAGCUGUCAGCAUGGAGUUCCUUAGUCCUCUCAUACUGCAGGCACAAUAAACUGUACACAUUGAAUGUAAUGGAAAUCCAGGAAAGCCCACUAUUUAACAACAAGAAAAUACAAAGAAAAUUGUCUUUGGAAUCUGUUCAGGUGGUCUUAGAGGAACUCAGGAAAAAAGGUAACUUGGAAUGGUUGGAUAAAACCAAAUCCAGGUUCCUGAUCAUGUGGAGGAGACCAGAUGAGUGGGGCAAAGUCAUUUACCAAUGGGUUUCGAAAAAUGGAAUGACAAAUUCUGUAUUCACACUCUAUGAGCUGAUAAGUGGUGAUGACACAGUGGGAGAAGAGUUUCAUGGAUUGGAAGAGGCUAUGCUACUUCGGUCAUUGGAAGCCUUGCAGCUAGAACAUAAAGCAGAGAUGAUUACACUAAAUGACAGCAGAGGAGUCAAGUUUUUUUAAUGUAUGUUUUUUUUCCAGAUGCCAACUACCAGAUAGAUCUCGAAACAAUUUUAUAGCAGUGCAGGAAUUCUGGUUUUCAAGUGUACCAGACGUUGCAAGUGUGCAUAUAUCUUGGGUUUUGGAGCCAGUGUCUCAGGAUACAGCUUACACUGGAUGAACUUGCUGGAAUAUGAAGUUCUAUUUUUUAUUCAUGCAUUUUGUGUGUGUGCGUGUAUGACAAGAUGGUUCUAUUUCCUCUUUACACUCCUUUCAGAAUAAAUAUCUAAGCUGAUAUCAAAACAACAUAAAUGA